CGAGAAACUCGUUCUCAAAACAAAGUGUGGUCAGACCCAUCAUGUCCCCUUCAUUGGAACCACGGGCAACACUCCUCCCGACCUACCUCCCAGGAUCCCUGUCCCUCAGGGUCCCACCCCGACAUCGCCUUCACUUCCCCUCGUCAGUUUGCUCACUUCAUACAACAGGAGGACGUCACGUUGUACUCAGUAAACGUCAUGGACCUUCAUCGCUAUGAUCCACUUUGUCUUGAGGUUGAGCUCAUCUCUCUGGAGUCCGAUCCCCUUGACCCUUCCUCCAUCUUUGCGGUUCCCAUCUCUACGUCCACCCGUCAACCUGCGAAUACCGCCUCCACAUCUCAGGCCCCUGCGUCGUCGACUGUCGCGUCCACACAUACGUCUCGUGUCGAUUCAGACGCUAAGGAACUCACACGGUUCACGACAGACUUAGAGCCCGCCGUUCGCGACCUGAUUCGAGAGUACCGCGAUGUCUUCUCCCCGUAUUUCGCAUACAACGAGAUUCCCCCGAUGCGCGGUGUUGAACAUUCUAUCCAGCUCGUGCCUGACUAUAGUGUUCAUCAUCAGGCACCGUACCGACUCUCGAUUCCAGAGGCGACGGAACUCAAGCAUCAGCUUGAGGAGCUCCUUCAACUGGGUUUCAUUAAACCAAACAGAACUCUCCACCUCUACAUCGACUACCGCAGCCUUAACCGUUACACGGUUAAGAACAACUGUCCCGUGCCUCGCGUAAAUGAGCCAUUUAACCAUCUGGCAGGGAACCGCUUCUUCACGAAGAUCGAUCUUCGUAGCGGUUACCACCAGAUCCGCGUAGCCGCGGAGGAUCAGCCAAAGACCGCCUUCCGAUCGUGCUUCGGCCACUAUGAGUUCACGGUGAUGCCAUUCGGCCUCACCAACGUACCCGCCACCAUCCAGAUGGCGAUGAACGACAUCUUCAGGGACAUCCUUGAAGAAUACAUUCUCGUAUACCUGGAGGACAUCUUGGUCUACAGUCGUACCUUAGAAGACCAUAUCCGACACCUCCGUGAUGUCCUACAACGUUUACGCAAGCAUGAUUUUUAUGCCAAGCUCAAUAAGUGCCGCUUUGCCCAGCGCAAAGUGGAUUUCCUAGGACACCAUGUGUCUGACCAAGGUCUCCAUAUGGACGACGCGAAGAUCACUGUUAUUGCAGAGUGGCCCGUCCCCGCCUCUGCUAAGCAGCUUCGCAGUUUCUUAGGCCUCACCAAAUACUAUAGUAAUUUUAUCCAGGGAUACGCCAGUUUCACCACUCAACCCAUCAAGGGUGAGACGAAUCGUGUCGCCAAUGCCUUGUCCUGCCGUCCUGACCACAAUCAGGAACCCAUCCAUCUUGCUGCCAUCUCCGUCAUCAUUGUUGAUCAGUCGGUGAUCGACGCAUAUCGCACCCAGUACCGUCACUGCCUGGAUUGUCGCGUCAUCCACGCGACACUGCGGAGUGGCAAGACUGUUCCCUCAUACUCCCUCGGUGAGAACGGUCUAGUGUACUGGCAUGGCAGAUCUGGUCAUCAAGAACCACGCAUCUUCGUUCCCUCCACCGGACAGCUCCGCGUCCAGGCUGUAGCAGAUUUCCAUGACCAGGCAACUGCCAGCCAUAUGGGCUUCCACAAGACGUUGGCUCGUGUUUGCCGCCUAUACGUCUGGCCGAAGUCUAAGGACUUCGUCAAAGCCUACAUCCAGGAGUGUCCCACCUGCCAGGAGGUGAACAGUGCGAACCACCUCCUGUAUGGGUUACUUCAGCCCUUACCCAUCCCCGAGGGUCGUUGGCAGUCCAUCUCAAUGGAUUUCAUUGAUCCCCUCCGCCCACCCACUGAGCGCGGUCAUGAUGAUGUCAUCUUGAUCGUCGUCGAUCGCUUCACGAAGUGCGCACGUUUUGUCUCGUGCCGCUAUCGCAUUAGAGCUCGUGAGGUCGCUGACAUCGUCUUCGACCAAGUCGUGAGAGAUCACGACUUACCUCAGAGUAUCAUCUCCGAUCGUGACCCACGCUUUACUAGCACAUUCUGGCGAUGCCUACACGAGGUGCACGGACCUCAGCUCCGCUUCUCAUCGUCUUACCACCCUCAGAUGGAUGGUCAAACUGAGGUCACCAAUAAAACUCUCGGUAAUAUCCUCCGAAAGUUCAUUAAGGAUGACCAGCAUAGCGACUUACACUUAAACCAUGCGGAGAUUGUGUACAACCACGUUAUUUCGCCAGCCACGGGGAUGUUGUCAUUCUAUUGCGACCUUGGCUACCACCCUCGCGUCCCCGUGGACUUCCUACGACCAUCGCGGUUGCGCCCAGACACUCGUUGUCCUGCGCUUCAUUUGGAUCGCCCACAUGGCGGCCAUUAUGCGGACUCCGAGACUCAUGGUCACACGAGCGAACCGAUCACGAAUGGAUCAUCCAUUCCAAGUUGGCACUUGCGACGCGUGGCACGACAUGAUGAUAAUGACGGCGACGGUGAUGAUCACGAUGAUGGUGACGAUGACGGUGGUGAUGUUGAUCUGGACGACGAUGUCGCUGAUGAUGAUGACGAUGCUGAUGACGAUGAUGAUGUUGAUGAUUAUGUUGGAGAUGAUGAUGAUGGUGAUGAUGACGAUGAUGAUAAUGACGAUGAUGACGACGAUGAUGACGAUGUUGAUGAUGACGAUGACAACGAAGAUGACGAUGGUGAUGAUUUUGAUGACGGCGAUGAUGUCGCUGAUGAUGAUGAUGUUGUUGAUGACGUUGAUGAUGUUGAUGAUGAUGUUGAUGAUGAUGACGAUGUUCAUGAUGUUGACGAUGUUGAUGAUGAUGUUGUUGAUGAUGAUGAUGAUGUUGAUGAAGAUGAUGAUGAUCACGAUGACAAUGAUGGUGAUGAUGAUGAUGAUGAUGAUGAUGAUGAUGAUGAUGAUAAUGGUGGCGACGAUGAUGGUGAUGAUGGAGUCGAUGAUGAUGAUGAUAAUGGCAAGCAAGAAUCAUGGGGCCGCUCGUGAGAAAAGAACGAGCGGGAAUCAGAAAGGGACACAGAAACCAUGUGGCCCAAUGUCACCGACAUCCUUUCCCUCCGUCCCCGCAACUUGAAACA